GAAGAUAAAUAUGGCCGCGAAAGGGAUUUAGGCAGAAAGGGUGAUCACUUACUGUCACUAGGACUACAGUUUGUAGACUCUCAGGGAGAGAGACUACAAACUGUAGUUUAAAAAACCGGAGGUGGAGGUCAGGGGGGGUUAGACCCAGAAGAAAACCUCUCUGGAGCCCACCCUGCAUCUCUACAUCUUGGAAGAGUCUGCAGUUCAGGCACCCUACAGAACCCCCCACAGCAAUCAUCCGUACUCCCACCCCCACUCCGGCCUCUGGGAGGCUCUCAGGCAACAGCAGGGGCCUGUGGGUGGGGGGUGGGGUGGGAUUGAGAGACAAGCUGCAGAGCCAUCUUUGUGACCCAGGAGCACCACUGGUCCCUCAUCUGCCACCGAGGCCAAGGAAGACCCAGAGACCUGCCUCACCAGCCCUGCCAUUGCGCUGAAAGACAGCCAUGAAUGGUGAUUCUCUGCUGCCGUAUUAUACGGCCCAGAGUGGCUCCAGCAUGAGCAUGUUCAACACCACAAUGGGGAGACUGCAGCGACAACUAUACAAGGGGGAGUAUGAUAUAUUCAAAUAUGCACCGAUAUUUGAGAGCGACUUUAUCCAGAUCACCAAAAGGGGAGAAGUGAUUGAUGUGCACAACCGCGUCCGUAUGGUGACCAUGGGCAUUGCACGAACCAGCCCCAUCCUCCCACUCCCAGAUGUCAUGCUGCUGGCACGACCAGCCACCGGCUGUGAAGAGUAUGCUGGACAUGGCCAGGCCACCAAGAGAAAAAAACGCAAGGCAGCCAAGAACUUAGAGCUCACCAGGCUCCUCCCCCUGAAGUUUGUACGGAUCUCUGUUCACGACCAUGAGAAACAACAGCUGCGCCUGAAGUUUGCCACUGGCAGAUCUUGCUAUCUGCAGUUGUGUCCCGCUCUCAACACACGGGAUGACCUCUUUGCUUAUUGGGAAAAACUAAUUUACCUCUUGCGGCCACCCAUGGAGAGUAACAGCAGUACCUGUGGCAUUCCAGCUGAAGACAUGAUGUGGAUGCCUGUGUUUCAGGAAGACAGGAGGAGCCUGGAAGCCGUGGAUCUUCAAGGAAAGGGGGAUCAGGACCAGGUCAGCAUCCGGAGCCUCCACAUGGUCUCUGAGGUGUGUGGGGCCACUUCUGCUGCUUAUGCUGGAGGGGAGAGACUCCAACAUGACUGUCACAAACCCACUUACGUGCUCAAUGUAUCCACCCCCAAAACAUCUAUGGAGCUUGCUGAGGAGCCAGCAACAGGGGCGACUAAAGAGGCAGCAGCACCAGGGGCAGCUGCAGGGGCAGCAACAGGCACCAUAGCAGGUGCCUUGAGUGUGGCAGCAGCCAAUUCUGCCCCUGGACAGGUGAGCGCAGCCAUAGCUGGGGUGGCCACCAUAGGCGCAGGAGGAAGCAAAAGCAACAUGGCCAUUGCAGGCACUGCCAGCAUGGCUCCAAACAGCACGAAGGUGGCCGUGGCAGGGGCUGCAGGCAAGUCCUCAGAGCAUGUUUCCAGCACGUCCAUGAGCCUUUCCCGAGAGGGCAGCGUGAGCCUGGCCAUUGCAGGAGUAGAACUGACCAGCAGGACUGCUGCAGAAACAGACAUGGAUGCAGCAGCGGGACUUCCUGUCUCCACCCGGCAGAGCAAGGGCAGCCUGAGUGGACAGCAUGGAAGGGAGCGAACCCAGGCCAGCGCUGAAGCUUGCAAGGAGGGGAGGGAAAGAAGGGAAAAGGACAGGGCUCUCGGAAGGCGUUCCCAUUGCCGCAGGACAGGUGAAAGCCACCACAAAACAAGGGGGGACAAGAUUGCCCGAAAGUCCUCCAGCAGGUCCUCAUUCAGCCACAGAGCCAGGAGAGAUGACAAAAAGGAGAAAGGCUGUGGCAGCCCGGGGAGCAGCAGGCACGGGGACUCGCAUAAAGGUGUCAGCCACACGCCCAUCUCAAAGGAGUCCAGGACCUCUCACAAAUCUGGGAGGAGUUUAUCGACCACCGGCUCCGAAUCCAGCAAGAGACUUGGCAGGAUCAGCUCUUUCCUGAGGAACGUCAGAGCCAAUCUGACUACAAAAGCAGUGGGCAUACCACAUGGCAGAGAUGUGGACAUCAUGGCUAAGACGGUGGAGAGGAGCACCAACGUGGCCAUGGCCGAGACAGCAGAAGGUGGCCAGGGGCUGGAGAUGGUUGGUUCUAUGACACCGGACAUCAUGGAGACAGUGACCUUUGAAGCCCAUUAAAUAAGACCCAGAGAUGGAAGCUGUAAAGGAGCCCAGAGCUCAUAGGAGUGUCCCUGGAGAGCCUAUUCCAGUGUUCUUUACUGCCGUUUAAAUAAAGAACCAUACAUCUGA